CGCAGUGUGAGAACAGUCACCGUUAGAACUUCUCUAAAAUAGGAUUUUCAAGAUGAACAGAGCUGUAACUACUUGAACACACUACAUUAGUAGCUAAAUAUCUUAGAAUGAAUCUCUCUUUUCUUUCUCCCUGCGUUUCUGAGUAGAGUUUUGUCUCCUCCUCCCUCAUCACUUCUUUCAAACACAGGAAGUGUCUGUUUUCACAACAGAAAACAGUCGAUAAUGUGACAGUAUGGGGUCCAGUGCAUUGCUUCUCAUCUUGCUGAUGUCCUUCAUCCACUCUGGACUCAAUCAAUGUGCUGAAGUAAAACCUGUAGUGAAGGUGACGCCAGAUCAGCGUGUGUUCAGAGAAGAGACAGUCACUCUCACAUGUGACUUACAGGGAGGAGGAAACAUUCAGUGGACAUACAGAUGGUUUAAAGAUGAAAACCCUUAUUAUACAACAACAGCAGAGUUCAGUUUCACAGCUCAAGUGUCUCACAGUGGUAAAUACAGCUGUAGAGGAGAGAGAUCACACUCACAGACAGACAUCAGUGCUGCUGUUACACUGACUGUAUCAGAUUCACCCACAUCUACACUGACUGUGACUCCAGACAGAUCUGUAUUCACUGGAGAGACAGUCAAUCUGAAGUGUGUGAUAGAGACUUACAGAUACUGGAUCUGGAGAAAUUACCAGAGAGAUGACUGGAGAGACUGGACACAUGAGUGGAGAUAUGAGUGGUAUAAAGGCAGUUCAAAGUUACAGAAGUCUGAGUGUCACACUGUAACCAGAGACACUCUUAGUAUUGUUGAAGCUGUUACAUCUGAUCAGGGUCAGUACUGGUGUAGAGGACUGAGAGAUGGAAGACCAAACUCAUCACAAUCAAGCUCUGUUGUUUCUCUCUCUGUGAAGGAUUCACCCACAUCUACACUGACUGUGACACCAGACAGAUCUGUAUUCACUGGAGAGACAGUCAAUCUGAAGUGUGUGAUAGAGACUUACAGUGACUGGACCUGGAGAAAUUACCAGAGAGAUGACAGGAGAUACUGGACACAUGAGUGGAGAUAUGAGUGGUAUAAAGGCAGUUCAAUGUUACAGGCGUCUGAGCGUCACACUGUAAACAGAGACACUCUCAGUAUUGUUGGAGCUGUUACAUCUGAUCAGGGUCAGUACUGGUGUAGAGGACUGAGAGAUGGCAGACCAAACUCAUCACAUUUAAGCUCUGCUGUUUCUCUCUCUGUGAAGGAUAAACCGAAGCCAAAUCUGACUGUAAAGCCUCAGAGUUCAGUGUUCACUGGAGACACAGUUACUCUCAGCUGUGACGUGGGACAGUCAACUGGAUGGACGUUUCUCUGGAGGAAAGACUCAAACCGUGAAUCCAUUGAUCAUUCAACUAAAACAAUCAGUUCUGUGAGAGUCUCUGAUGGAGGAACAUACCAGUGCAGAGCAGAGAGAGGAAAAUACUACACAGAGCUCAGUGAUACAAUUAAGAUAACAGUGAGAGAGAGACCCAAACCUGUAGUGCGUGUUCAGCCUGAUGUUCGUGUGUUCAGAGGAGAGACGGUCACUCUCACAUGUGACAUACAGGAGACAGGAGUCUGGCGGUACAACUGGUAUAAAGAUUAUUACAGCAGAAGACAAGUCCAGAUCUAUUACACCGCAGGACAAGACAAGAGCUAUAUAAUCACAUCUGUGGAUUGGUCUCAUGCUGGUGUGUACAGCUGUAGAGGAACCCAGACUAAAGCCCCACAGUACUCAGAGAUCAGUGACAGAGUUAUGCUGACAGUAUCAGAUAAACCGAAGCCAAAUCUGACUGUAAAGCCUCAGAGUUCAGUGUUCACUGGAGACACAGUUACUCUCAGCUGUGAUGUGGGACAGUCAACUGGAUGGACGUUUCUCUGGAGGAAAGACUCAAACCGUGAAUCCAUUGAUCAUUCAACUAAAACAAUCAGUUCUGUGAGAGUCUCUGAUGGAGGAACAUACCAGUGCAGAGCAGAGAGAGGAAAAUACUACACAGAGAUCAGUGAUACAAUUAAGAUAACAGUGAGAGAGAGACCCAAACCUGUAGUGCGUGUUCAGCCUGAUGUUCGUGUGUUCAGAGGAGAGACGGUCACUCUCACAUGUGACAUACAGGAGACAGGAGUCUGGCGGUACAACUGGUAUAAAGAUUAUUACAGCAGAAGACAAGUCCAGAUCUAUUACAGCGCAGGACAAGACAAGAGCUAUAUAAUCACAUCUGUGGAUUGGUCUCAUGCUGGUGUGUACAGCUGUAGAGGAACCCAGACUAAAGCCCCACAGUACUCAGAGAUCAGUGACAGAGUUAUGCUGACAGUAUCAGGUCUAAAGCCAAAGCCUGAACUCACAUCAGAUCCUGCAGGAGCUGCACUGACAGGAAACACAGUGACUUUGACCUGUCGCAUGGAUCCGUCCACUGGAUACUGGGACUUUUACUGGUACAAACACACACUGAACCCUGAGACAGAGAAGACACAAACAAACUCCUACAGACUGAAGAUUGAUUCAGUGUCUGAUGGAGGCCAGUACUGGUGUAGAGCUGGAAGAGGGAAACCAGUCUAUUACACAAACUACAGUGAUGCACUGUGGGUCAAUGUUACAGUGAGUCCUAAAGCUGUGCUGACGGUACGACCUGAUGAACGAGUGUUUAGAGGAGAAACAGUCACUCUCAGAUGUGAUAUAAAGUGGGGAGGAGACACUGAGUGGACAUACAGAUGGGGAAGAGAGGGAACCAACAACUUCAAUACAAACUCUGCCAAUCGAUGUACAAAACAAGAGUGUGGCACCAGUGGAGUUAAUAAAUGGAAACACAGAGAAGCUGUCAGUCUGUGCUCAACACAAGAGUUGAACAUCAGCAGUGUUAAAUACAUUCACAGUGGUAAAUACACCUGUACAGGACUGAUAAACACUCAGAUCUCUCAGCGCAGUGAUGCUGUUACACUGACUGUAUCAGAUGAAGCUCAGGCAGCAGUGCGAGUGUCUCCACAGCCGUGGCUGACUGAAGGAGAAUCAGUGACUCUGAUCUGUGAGGUUUCAGGCUCCUCUACAGGCUGGACGUUCAGCUGGUUCAGAGAUCAUGAUCAUCGGUCAGACAGCAGCAGAGGAGCUGGAGGAUCUUACACUCUCAGUCCUGCUGCUCUACAGCACACAGGAGUUUAUACGUGCAGAGCAGAGAGAGGACGACCAGCCUAUUACACACGACACAGCAGCACACAGCCACUGUGGGUCACUGGUGUUUCUUCUUCAGUGUCUCUGGUCAUCAAUCCCAGCAGAAGUCAACACUUCUCAUCUGACUCUCUCUCUCUGAGCUGUGAGGAUCAGAGUAACUCUGCUGGAUGGACAGUGAGAAGAUACACAGACAAAGACACAAAAACUUGUUCAAAUCAAACAGGAUCUGCAUGUGUAAUCGAGUCUCUCAGCACAUCUGACACUGGAGUGUACUGGUGUCAGUCUGAAUCUGGAGAGAAACGUCAUCCUCAAAACAUCACUGUACAUGAUGGUGAAGUGAUUCUGGUGAGUUCUGUUGAUCCUGUGAUUGAGGGAGAGACUCUGACUCUACACUGUUUACAUCGAUCUACAAACUCCUCAAUCCUCAGCGCUGAUUUCUAUAAAGACGGAUCACUGGUUCAGAAUCAGACGACAGGAGAGAUGAGCAUCACUACUGUCUCAAAGUCACAUGAGGGUUUCUACUACUGUAAAACAGAGAGAGGACAGUCACUCCACAGCUGGAUCUCAGUCAGAGUGUCACGUUCAGGUCAGAUUUCUGUCUUCAACAUCCUCGGUUUUCUUCUGGCAGCUUGUCCGUAUCUGUUAGCAACAGUCGUGCUGCUUUACAAAUGUUACAGAGCAAGAGUUUCAUCUGCUGAAGACCAAAGUCAGUACGCCGUAACAGAAGAAGAAAAUUGAAUCUGAUAUUAACAUGUUUAAAAAUACUGUUAAUUCUGUCAACAUGUUUAAAUGUUCUGUCAGCAUUUAUUUUUCCUUAAACACGGUUUGAAAAUUUGUAAUAUAUUUGUCAUGUUUGUGUUGUUAUUCUUUUCUUCCAAUAGUGAAAACUUGACAAUGAUACUGAUGCCUGUUCUAGAUCAGUUGUUUGAGUAAUUAGUAAAAAUGUUUUAUUCUGUAUGGUCUGUAUAAACAAAUAACUGCUGAAAUUAUUAUUAUUAUUAUUAUUUUUGCAAUUUUUGAAAUUAAAUAUUUUGAAAGCA